CAUUUGUAUACUACUACAGUGGAAUCUCUAUGUGUGGUAACUUCUAUUCAAGGGACACUUCCAUUCAGGGGAUACAAAAUUUGGUCCCCAAAAAAUGUUCAGGACAGACAAUUAAUCUCUGUAUAAAUUUGGUACCCCUGUUGAAGGGGCACCUCUACAUGGGAAAAAGACACUUUUUUCUGGGUCCCAAAACCCCAAUUUAACCACCAUUCACUUCAUGGGACACCUUAGCACUGAGAAAGUGACUGACCAUAAAAAUCAUCGAUGAGUUUACAUGCAAGUGUAGUCUAGUCACAAUGGUGUUGGUUUCAAAACUUGAACAAUUUCUUAUAAAAUUGAUGUCCUAAACUUGUGGGAAUUCAAUACACAAUAUUGCAGACAUAAGAUUAAGUUAACCAUAAUUUGUAUGCAUUAUCUAGCUGCUUGAAAUACCAUAAACCCUCCAUUAAGUCCCCUCCCUCUAAUAAGCCCCUGUCCUAAAUAUUCUUCACUAAUAAAUGAUAGACUGUUUUAAUCAAUCACGGACUGAUCCGGGAUGGUUUUGAUUCUGAUCCUCCACUGCAUGACCUCCACCCUUCUUGUAUUUGAGUUUUUCCACUUUGCAUUGUAUCCUAGUUCUUUAUGGAUAACUGACCAGGGCUCGAAAUUAAAAAAAUCCUCAGGUCGUCUUUUGGCAACCAACUGGAGAAAUAUAGUCGCCAGAUGCAAAUUUUCAGUUGCCAGUUUGUAUAUGUAAAUGACGCAGCUCAUAGUCAGGGCUUCUGAUAUUUCGCGCCGUCGCAGAGCCGCAAAAUUCACAAAAACACGCAAAAUUCGGUAGAAACCUUAUCAAAUACAUGUCUGUACAACAUAUUUGAAACUUUUCUCAGCUAAUGGGGCUAUUUACUUGCCGUAACCUUGUAAAAAUAUCUAGAAACUUUGUCACUGAAACGUGCAAACAACGUCCCGAAACUCCGAAACUACAAGGUGUAGAUUAUGUUGCGAAAAACUGGGCACUAGCCAUGAUGUUAAAGGCUUUGCCAUUGGUUCAGUUCUGGAGCGUACUGUUGUUGAAAGAGCAAGUGAUGGCCUCUGCUGGAAAAACAUUAAAAACGCUGGUCUGGUGAGCCGAAAACCGAUCGAUCUCCUGAAAAUAACCACAAAAUCGGCCUUUUUUGACCGAUUGAUUUUCGGCUAUGUUUGCCUUGAAAAUUACGGCGAAAUCGGUCGAUUUUUCCGCGAAUUUGCCCCUAAAAAUCCUGCGAAAUUUGACUUUUUUUCUGCGACCUAUCAGAAGCCCUGUAUAGUAUGGUGUGAUCCAUCAGAUUUGAAAAUAUCGUGGAUAGAUGUCGGUAUAAAUUUGGAGGUAAACUGGCUUUGUCUAUGCGAUUUGGCACAUUUUUUAUGAUGAAAGCAAAGCAGGAUAAGAUGAAAUGUUUGUUUUAACUUUACUCUUUUAAUUCUAAAUCAUAGAGAAAUCUGGUCGCCACUUUGGCGACUAAACUAGAAUUUUUAGUCGCCAAGGAGAAAAUGUUAGUCGCAUUGGCGACCGUAUCAGUCGCAAUUUUGAGCCCUGCUGACACUGUUGUCUUUUCUAAAUUAAAUAAGACCCCCUUCUCAAUUAACCCCUCCCCCCUGCCCCCCCCCACCGCUGCCUCUCAACCCCUUCACUGGGCUGGGCUUCAAAUAAAUAAGCCCCCCAGGGGGCUUAAUAGAGGAUUUACGGUAUUGACUGCAGCAGAUUCUGAGGCAGAAUAAAAUAAAAAUCUUUUAUUUGUUGGUUAAUUACUAACAAACCUCAGCCCAACCUCCAUUCAAGGGACAGUUGCCUUGGUCCCGAGGGUGUCCCCUGAAUGGUGGUUCCACUGUAAUUUUUCAAACAGAUUGUAUAUAUAUACUGUAUAUUUUUUUAUUCAUAGGAAUGUGCUCAGUCUCUAUGGUGAAGUUUAUUUCCGUGCAUGGAGAGUUGCAUCUGGACCAUACUUAAAGGUUGUGCUUUUUGCGCCAUAUUAUUAAACCUUUGGUGGCGGCCAGCAAGUAGCAAAAAUACUGCCUUUUUUGCCAAUUGCUCUUCUUUGGACUGGUUUUCAGCUAAUAAUUAUAAUUAGCUUGAGAACGGCUAAAAAUUAGUUUUGCAACAAAAAAUGGUAAUUUUCCAACUAGUCAGACAUACUUAAACACCUUUUUUGUUUUUUGUUAAUGGGCACAAGCCAAAAUUUGGACUCCCUUUUUUUUUAUCUAUUUUGAUUUUUCUCUCUUGUUCAUUUUUUUUAUUUUUUCGGUUUGCCUUUCUUCUUUAUAAGCAGUUUUGUUGCCCAUUUGAUUGUUCUUCUUUUAUGUCGAAUUGUGGCUGGCUAACUCUUUAGGAAAAGAACAAAGUUAAUCUUCAAAGGGUAGUAGGUUAAAAGCGAAAUUGGGGAGUAAGUGUUAUUCUGUGCCAUUUUAAGGUGUUGGAAGAGAAUUGCUUUCAAGAUCUGAUGUAUUCUGCGGUCCAUGCCCAGCGCAGUGGAACUCAGUCCAUGGCUUCAAGACUCCGAAAGGUCAGCUUGUAGUUAGUCUUGCAAACUUCACUUCAUUAAUAACAAUAGGCAGAUGAUAGGCAGAGAGAAGAGGUGCUGUUGACGAAUUUGUUAUACUCCUGGGUCAAAACCUUUUGUACAUGUAUGCCUCAAAUCUAGACAUUGCAAGUAAAUUUUGUUUUCAUUGAUUGUUAUUGUAAUUUUUAGGUGCUGGAGUACUUUCAUCAGCAAAAGAAGCAAAGAGGAGUUGAUGAAGCUCUCCUCCGACUGUAUCAACCAAUAAUAUGGAGAGCAUUCAAGGUUAUACAGACUAAAACUCUUCCUUUUAUACAUGUUAUCAAGAACUUCUGUCACAGGGUUACAAAUUCCUUUGUAUUAGUAAUAAUACUAUAUCCUGAAUGCUAAAAAUAUAGAAAACAAAACAAUGUGAGACAGGUCUGUGUACUAUCUGUCUCUUACCUGUAUACUGUAACUUAGUAAUAAUAUAUUUUACAAAAAUAUCAAUGUUGUUGUAACUAUACGCUUUUAAAGUUUGAACUCCUACUGAAUUCCAAAAGCCUUUGACCACUAGCUAUGGUAAAUAAUUGAAUAUUUCUUUUAUUACUAGGUUGCAAACCCAAUGGUUAGAGCCAAUGCCACAGCUCUUUUGACCGAUACAUUUCCACUCCAGAAUCCAGAUGCUGGGAACGAAGAGAUUGAUGCACUUUUACAGAAACAAUUUGAUAUUCUUAAAGUAUAAAUGCAUUAAGUGCUUUGUAAAAAUAGAAGUUAAAUAAUUAUUGUCUUGUAAUGCUGUCACUACUGACACUUCUAAACUAAAUUAAACACAUUUGCUUAUUGUUUUUGAUCAGCUAACGAAUUAACAGACACCUCUGUUACAAAUAUGAUCUCUGAUUGGCCAAUUGAUAUCUGCCAACUGCAACUGAAUCUGUUGCACUUAGAAACUCCAUGCGAUAACCUUCUGAUACAGUAUUUCCAAUUUUAAUCCAUCUUAAAGGAAAAAAAAAGGAAUUAAGCCUACAUGAAAGGCGAACCAAGAAGUCAAUUAUGAAGAAGAAAAUAUAACCAUACACAUCAUCUACAUGUAAUCACCCUUUUUCUCAGAAGAUUAAUUUUUGUAAAUAGGCCCACAAGUCUUGGUGACCAGGUACUUUCCACAUACUGUCCCUCAGUCAAUCUGCUGAGGAUACAUGUCGUCCUUUUCAUUUUAUUAGAGCUACGACGCAUGCCUGCCUACAGGUUCCAGUUCCUCCCUCCUUAAUUAUUGUCAUAGGCAUUUAUUGACACACAAAUAAAAACUAAGACGUUUCUAUUUUGGCCUUAAUCAUAACUAUAACAAAAUUCUCACAUCUGAUUGGCUAUCCACUGUCCUGGUUUCAGCACUAAUAGGAUAGUAUGCAUCUUGCCUAAGUAAUUGGACAGUACACGCUAUCGCACACGUGCACUUAAAUGCUUUUUUUAAAUUUUUUUUUCCACUGCUAGCAAAAAAACUCAAAAUAAAACUAAAGUAAUAUCACAAAUUUUGUUAUUGUUAUAAAAAAUUAUAAAUUGGCAACAGAACUUGGCGUCAUCCAGUUCAGUCCGUAAUCAUACUCGUGAUUAUUCAAAUCAAACUCCACACUCGUAUGAUUACAGACCGAACUGGACUCCACUCAGCCCUAUUACCAUUAUUUAUCUGUUUCUCUCUUCUUAGGACUUGUUAGAAGACCCUUGUCCCACUGUCAGAGCCACUGCCAUUCAUGGUGUGUGUCGCAUCACUGGUGUAUUCUGGGAACUUAUUCCGGCACAUGUCAUUAAGAUGUUCCUAACAACGCUGGUAAGAGCAUGAUAUUUAUAAAUAACACUAAACUUCAAAGGGGCUUUGUUGUGGAAUUUUUGAGGAGUUCUCUUGUUGUUCCUGUUGUUUUUGUGUUUGGUUGGUUGGAUAUGUUUUUGUAUUUGAUCUAUUUUGUCCGUUUUUUUGUUUUGAUAUUUAACGUUUUAUUUAUGAAAUCAUAGCUACAUAUUAACAAAGUUGAGUCUGUUCUAAUUUGUUUUGUUCUAAUUCAAUAACAAUAACAACUGUUUUAUUCAGAUCAAUGACCUGGCUUUCGACACAUCCUCAAGUGCUGUGAGAGUGGCAGUUUUUCAGGUAAGCUUUUGGUUACUUAAGUACAAGGUUUCAUGAAUUUCUGCUGUAAAUGUUCAAAAGGGCCAGCUUCUUUUUAAUUUUUUUUUGAGCAACUGCAGGUACAGGUUUGUUUUACAUGUGAUAAUUAUGAGAAGAAACGUUUAAACUGAAACAAACUGAGCUAUUCGUCCGCUUAAUAUUGCUAUAACAAACUCCUGCAUCAAAUAUACGUGUAUUCUGUGUUUUCCUUGUUCUUACCAGAGGUAAGAUUUUGUCAGGGAAAAAAAUGAAGUCAAAACGGGAUGCAUUUAACUUUAGUCAAGGACGCGUGACCAACAAUCAAACCAAAGUGGUCCCCAUUUAAUUGAGUGAAAGGCUAGGGAUAUAACAAGCAUAUGUUUUUACUGAACUUUUGUUGAUUUAGGGCCAUAGCGUGAUGUCCAUUUUAUCUUGUUACUUUUAAGGGUUUAAAGUUUGUGCUGGACAAUCGUCUUAGUCAUCCACUCCUGAAACCUUUGCUGGGUAAUCUGCAAGAUCUGGUGCAUGAUACAGCUGAGAGAGUGAGGGUGGCUUUCCUUGAUGUGUUGAUUCUUGUCAAAGGACUAAAGGCAAUCAAGGUUUGUAAAGCCAAAAAAGACAUUGUUUUUCUAGUAAAAUAUUUAUUGAAGUAGUUUUUGAGACGAGGAUCAAACAAGAAGAGCUCGCACUCGCGAAGAGAGCCGCCUGCCUCUUGGUAAUUUCUGCGGUAGUCGCAGCGCAAAGGGGUCAUGGGAGGCCAGAUGAAAAAUCGGGAAGCUUCGUUUUUUACGUUCAGCUUUCCGCUGUGCCUUUGCGUUUUUCAAACUUUCCCAUGAUCCUUGUGUGAAGCGCCUGGGUACUAGGAAAUUGAGCCUAUUAAGAAGGUGAUCCACUACCUACAUAGACAUGAAGGUGGCAAUUAAUCGAGAAAAUAAAAUGAAUGUGUCUUCACUUGUGAGGGACGGUGUUAGUUUGGUUCCAUUUGCUACGCGUAUCAUUGUCAAGAUUAAAUUAUUUGUAAUUGUUAGCUCAAAUCGGAUUUCUCGUUGUCAGCUGCACCGUUUUUUUGAACUCACUUUUUCGUAACAGAGUAUCGCAUGAAAUACAUUCUUGUGUUUGCUAUAAUCGUUAUGUAACGGUUUGGUUUAUUAUUGUGUUUACAGUUCUGGAAUAUAGUACCCUUGGAACAGUUGCUUUCUCAGCUGGAGGUGGAACAAUCUGCAGCGGUAAUCAGGAGAAUCGUGAAACUGCUCGUGAAUUCAUUUCAUCCCACAGGCAAAGGAGCCGACACUCAGGUUAUUGGUAACAUUAACAUCUCUUUGCCCCCCCCCCCAAAAAAAAACCAUGAAGAGCUUCUAUAAGAACCUCAUUUUAGCACCCGCUUAAAUGGUGGCGGGGGACCCCAGCCACCUACAUGGGGUCCCCUACCUCCAUGUAAACAGGCCGUAUUAAAGUCAGAGUUUAUUCUAAUAUUUUGAAAGAUGAUCUCAUUUUGAAUUCUUUGCUUGAAGGUAACGCGCUGUUCAGCUCUAUGGCAGUCCAAUCCUGUGGCAGCCAGGAAGUUCUACCAAUAUGUACAUCUACACUCAACAGUAUCAGCAACAGGUUGAUUUAUAGCGAGUACUUUUAUAAUUCAUAAAAAAAAUUCUUGUCUUAUUUAAGGCUUUUAGUGCCAGAGAUUUCUUUGAAGGACUGUUAUUUUAAUGGGAAACGCCCAAAAAAGUUCGUUGUUGUCGAUUUUCUUUUUGUAUUUGGAGGAGUGCAUUUUUAGCGUUAUCUACGGUAACUAGCGACGAUUCUUAGAGGUUCAAUAGGCCAUUUCAGAGUUCCCCCGGGCCUCUGUAUCGAAACGAGGUUAAGUGCUCAGCCUUUGAAACGGAAAAAUUUUCAUUCUCAUGCAAAUAAAACUCAUUUUCACAAGAAAGGUUGUGCACUUGGCCUCAUUUUGAAAGUAAGGGUUUUUGGAUCUUGAAAGUGGCCUAUUGACUGUGGAUUCAAGCGGACUAUUUGGGUCGGUUAUAAAAACGGAGAGGCAACGUUUUAGAAAACCGCUUUCUCAACGGAAUUUUCCGCUUUCUCAACCCUAAUAUCUAAACGCUUUUUAUAUUGAACAGUUUCCUGAAAGCGUCGAGUUUAUCUUUACGAAAAUCAUGACUUUUUUAAACCGCGGAUUGAAUUAGACUUUUUUUUUGUAUCAACCGACCUUUAUUCUUCGUGUUUUACAAACUUACUUUUAUCCUACUUUACCUCGGAGCAGUUUACAGAAUAAAAUACACUUUCUUGACAAAAAUAUUCAAAGUAGCGGCUGUUAAGUUAUUAUUGAAGACUACUUUCUUCCGAAGUACUUACAGUCCCCGUAAUAUUGGCAGUAUAUGACAAAUUAUCUCUCCCUGCAACGGAAACAGACAUGAAAGUCGGUAAACCAAGUUAUCUCUUAAAAAAGUAUGUGUAUGUGUUAAGAGUUAAAAGAAUGUUUUCUAUAAUAUAUUUUCGGGUCAGGUCAAAAGGUCAUGUUUCACUGCUUGUUUGUUCAUUUGUUUGUCCUUGCAAACGGGAAUAACUUGUCAAUACUUAUGUUUUAUGUACUCUUCAUUUUAUCAAUUAUCAUAUCUUGUUCGCUCUGUAGGAAAGUUUAUGGUCUGUCUUUGUCAUUGCCUUGUAACGUUUGCGCAAAAAGGAGGCGAUGAAAGUAACAUAUCUUUCGAAUCUGAAAGCGAAGGUUUGUUUAUUUCGUUUUCAUUUGUUUUAGUUUAGUUUUCUGUUCUUUUGUUUUGUUUGUUUUUUGCUUGUUUUGUUUGUUGUUGUUGUUUUUUUUUUUGCUUGUUUUGAUUUCAAAAGUUGCGUAGCAGCGAAAAAGUUUUCUGACAGAGAAAGAGUUCGUUUCGACGUCAUUUUUCCCUUUUGUAUAGAAAAUCCUACCUCAAGCGAGGACAAGGAAAACACAGACAGUGCUGCAGCGAAUACAGAUACAUUUGAUGCAGGAGUUUUAGCGGGGAUGGCUGAAACAGUUGCUAUUUGCUGGGGAGGUAUCAAGGACAAAUUGGAGAAAGUAAGUUCUCUGUUUGUGUAAUGACUCUUACCUCAAGGUCUGCUAAGACUAAAGCACUCAAUCUUUCGACAGGCAGGCGUUAUUUUUCCCCCGCGUUUUUCAGGCGAGCACGAAGCGGACAUGGAGCACAAUGUACCCGCUACCUUGCUCUUCACGUCCGCUUCGUGCUCGCCUCUCGCCUGAAAAACGCAACAUGCAUCGACUGCAUCUCACAUCUUUAUCUGCUACGGGUAUUACGCAUUGCAUCCUUAUUGCGUAUUACACAUCUUUAAUCCAAAGGGUGGAAACGAAUCGACAAAGACCAAGCUAGUUGAGAAGUUCACAAAGGCUCUUCCCAAGCUCUUUGGAGGAUUAAAGGUGACUAUAACUUGCAGAAGUGUUUCGCGUCUAGUAAUGUUUACAAUGUCCUAGAAUUCUUUGAGUACCAGCCUUACAUCGCCCAUGCAAGAUUGACGAUUUUGUUAGCCGUGGGUGUUUUCUCUGUUUAGGGCCGGAGCUUAAGCAACGACAACGGCGACGACAACGAAAAUGUCACCUUGAAGGUGAACUUGCGCUGUUUCAAACAUUAUCGUUCUCAUUCCAUUUCGUUAUUUUUUAUUUUUUAUUUUUUUUUCAAAUUUUGGCGAAGUUUUCUGGUUGUCAUUUUCAAUCGAUUCAUCGUAUAAGUGUGGACAGGCGAAAACGAUGCCAAAACGCUACGAGUGGACGCGAAUUUUUUUUUUGAAAAUGAAGAAAAAAAAGGUUGCGUUUUCAAACGAAUACGGAUACUUGUGGCCAGGGCCUAAACCUAUUGCUUUUUUGCCGUUCACGUGUCCGUCGCCGUCUUCGCCGCUUAAGCUCCUUAGUAUCAGGUGGAUAAAUACUAAAUUUGAACCGACCGAGUUUUUAUCGACCUGAUAUCCUUACCCUAAUAUCAGGUCGAUAAAAACUCGUUGGUCGGUUCAAAUUUAGAAUCAUUCUGAAUCAUUCUGAAAUAAACACUAUGCGACAUUUGACACAGGGCUCGCGAGCUUACCUUACACUUUACUCGAUUUUCAACUGGAAUUGUUUAGCUUAUUUUAAUCUACUGUUAUGUUAUGCGUUUUAUUUUAUUUACUCCGUUUUUCUGUCUAACAGCACCCUCGUAUUCAAGCAGCGUGUUUAGUGAUCGCUGGUUUCUUGCCCUCGUCAUCUCUGCCUGUUUUCAGGUAAAUACAGUUACUGCAGUAAAGAAAAAAAAACACUAUACAUGACCAACUAAGAUAAAGACGAUAAGACAUCUAGGGCGCCUUAACUUAACCACGAUUUAAGAAAUAUAAACUGAAACGUUUUGAAGGCUACUUUCCAGUACAGUUGAGAUUCUCGUGCCCGUUUCUAAUUGUCAACUUAGUCCGGCAGUUUUUAAGAAUAAAACCCCUCAAACGUUCUACAGGCUCUAUGGCUGUGUUCACACUAGAGACGGAUAAUUCAUCUUCAAAAUCCGUCAAAAUUGACCGAAAAAAAAAAACAGAUGGAUAAAGUCAAGCGGAUUGUCCAUCCAAAAUUAAGACCGUUCCCUUUUGAAAUUAAGACGUAUUAUCUGUCUGACGCGAAUUAUCCAACGGAUAAUCCGUCUCUAGUGUGAAUAUGGCCAAUGUUGGUGCAACUCGGGAUGAUUGUGUAAUUGUGUUUCUAGUGCCAAAUGCUUGUCAUCUCUGUCCUCUCUGCCUGUUACCACUCCAAAUACGGAGUACGGCCCCCUUCUGAACUGUUUGUGCGCCUGGGACAGAACCACCGAUGUACUCGAGCUUAUAAAUGAGUGGAUUGUAGGUGGAAUGAAUGGACCACCUAAAGAUCCCAGAAUGGUAAGCCGUGCAGAAUAAACAGAAUAUUUAGCAAUUACUGAAUUCGGCUUUCGUAGGAUGUGAAGAAUUACAGUCCAACCUCUUUAAUUCGGACACCAAAGGGACAUAACCAAAUGUCCGCUUUACACAAGUGUCCGUAUUAUAGAGGUAGGGAAUGUAUGAUUUCUGCAUUUCUGGGACCAAACGAACAUGUCCGUAAUAGAGAGGUGUCCGUAAGGAGAGGUUAGACUGUAUGCAGAUCUAGGAGGAUUGUUAUUCACCGAUGCUGAAGGCCGAGGUGGAUAAAAUCCUCCGAGAUCUGCAUAAUUCUUCACAUCCUACGAAAGUCGAAUACAAUAAUUGUUUUAUUAUUCAUUCAAAAUGUUUCUACGUUUCUAAGAUUACCUCCUCGUAGACUUUCUUCAAACCUUUGGCCUAUGUCUCGGUACUGUUAAUGAAUAAAAUUCAUCGUGCGAUAUGUCUAGCGUAUUCUUGUAUUUCUUUCGUUCAGUUUUAGUUAAAAAUCAGCUAUUUCGUCUUCGGAUAGCCUAAUCUCCUACCCAGAUCUCACUCUGUUUUGGCCGUGGGAGAUCUGGGUACGAGAUUACGGAUAGCCGUUAACGCCAUUUGUUUUAGUUCACUCGUGAAUAAACCGCUUGGCGUCUUGGCGAUAGUCUAUUACCCUAGCAGCCUCGUUUCCAACGUUUCCAGUGAAUUAUGCCAUGGAUCAACCACGUUUCCAAUCAAAUAUUCCCUCUAAUCAAUGGCAUAUUGCGCGCAUCUUUCAGAUAUGGUAAGCGCCAGUUAGUUAUGACCUUAAUUAUUCCGGAUAUCAAAAAACUUCAUCCGAUAAUUUAAAAAAACUGUCUUUUUGAUAAAAUGAAUAAUUUAUUUCGUACUGCGCCAUUUAGAUCCGUUGCCGCCCUGGCUGACGCGGAAAAAACACCUUAGCAAAUAAUGACGUUUGUAUGUUUAUGGUGGCAUAAAAAUUUAUUGAUAUUUUGUUGAAUCCAGGUUGAAAGGACCGGAAGAAAGAAGAAAUCAGUGGCCUUUCAACUCCCCAUGGAGAAUAAGCAAAUGUUGGCGUUGGAAUUUCUUUCUUGGCUAAUGGUAAGCACAAAAAUUAACAUCAAACUACUGCUAGAGAAUUUCGAGCACUUCGUUUACUUUGAUUUUUUUGUCUGUGAUUGGUUAAAAUAAUUGUUCUUGGUGUUCUGUUCUUUAUUUCUUCUUAUCACCAGGGCGAGCCUACAUGCCGUACAGCAGUCCAGGGGCAUCCUGAAAUCCUACGGCAGAUUACUGAUAAUUUGAGAAUGACAAUGGUAAGGCAAUUUAGGCAGUUGUAGGGGUUGAGGGUGGUGGAUAAUGGAGGAAUGGAGUGAAUGGAGUAAUAGAGGGGUCUGAAAAUGGUAGAAAGCACAUUGCUAUAAAGCUGAACAUUUUUCCUCAACAGCGCGCUCCUAUUCGUUACUUAGAGGUCACAUGACAUCUUGCAAUAAAACAAGUUCCCGCCAAAAGUUUUCCAGAAGAAAACAUUGUAGAAUCUGUGACGUCAAAGGGUAACGCGAGCGUUGACUGCUGGCUGAAAUUUACUUUCACAGAUUUGUAGACGUAGAAGUUUCUCUUCUUACGCUUUUAUAAAAAUUUCAUUUUGUUUCUCUCGACUCGAAUAUCAAUGGUUCCCUUCCUUCUCCUUUAUUUUACAUGUUGAUGUUUUCCUUUAGUCAACUAUCGAGUCUCGUCUUUCAACGAGUCAGCAAACACCUGAGCCUUUGACACAAAGUGAGGUGGAGUUCUUUCACAAGUCGUUUGAAGCGUAUUGUCUUACAGAGAUCCAUUUACACCACAUGGUAAGCUUUUGCAUUGGUGGCUAGAAUUGUAAAUAAAUUGUAAUUUUUUUAUCCACGAAGCACUUAGGAGUUCCUAAGAACAUCUAUGAUCGUGUCCGUGCGUUCCAGAUCGAAUUCGAAUUAGGAAGCGUUGGUUUCUGAGGAUUUUGUGUACAGUGUUAUUAAAUUGUGCAUGAGUGUUAAACGGUUUUGUGCCGAAUUGUACCAUUGGAAUGUUUUCGGAAAUAGCCUAUAGGCGAAUCCUGGUUUACAGUUUUUGCCUCAUUAUCAUAGGCUUAUCAUUAUCUAUAAUGAAGCUAAUAAAAUGAAACUUUUGAAUUUUGAAAGAGCAUAACAAUUUCAGUUAUUUCUGAAAUUUGAGCCCGAUAUGCCAAAUAGUUUCGGAGAAAUUCUUUUUUGAAAAACCCCCAAAUUUACAAAGAAUGUAUGAGCUCAUUAACGUUUUGCUAUUUUCUUUUUUACUGGUUGCAAAGGGCUGAAACUUGCACAACUGCAUAACUUAACCAGCUCUUUUAAUUUUUGCGCCUUAUUGGUAUAUAUGGCUACAUCUUCUAUGGAUUAACUCGUAUACUAAUGAGCCAAAAAUGUAAACAAUGACGUCACGAUGAAUCCGCCUAUUAAAGAAGCGAGUGUCCAAAACAGUCCCAGAGUGCAUUUCGACUAAUUCCAGACCUAGGCUCACGGGCAAUUGGGUCCUACUAACGUUCUGGCUCCUCGAUUGGUCAAGUAGAGUUUAGAUUGCACUGUAAAUUAAAAAGAACUGUUUCAGCCCCAAAGUGUCAAUUCAGCCCUGCAGGCCAAAGUCUGAUUCAGCCCUUCCUGGAGCCAAUUGAGCACAAUUUAGGCCAGAAAAGCUCUAUCAAAAGGCUAUUCCAGCCCACGGUAGGGCCCAUUUCAGCCCUGGGACCAAAUCAGCCCUAGCUAAUUGGACUGUAUUGGCCCUGAUUUAAGGGAGCCAAAUUAGACUCAAAAAUAGGACUGUAUUUUACUCACCGAAACGGCCCUAUUUUUAGGGCUAAAACAGAUCUUUCUGAUUUAGAGUGUGGUCUCCCAUUUCUUUAAGCCGUCAAUCAAAUUAAUACUUUGCAAUUGAUUGUUCUAGGAAAAGAACGAAGAGUAUGGUGGCGCUAUGGCUGCUUUGGAAAAUGUCCUCGUCUGGGCUGACAGGGUUUUACUACCAGCAAUCAGCUCUGAAGGGUUUGUUUGUGUUUUUGUUUUGUUUUGUUUUUUGAUGGUUUGUUUUUUUUUAGCUGUUUUUAUUUUUUAUUGCAUUGCAUGGCAAAAAUCCAAUGAUUCUGGCACUUUUUCUGUAUUGACCAUCGAAAAGUUCCAAAUCGUCCACAGAACGUUUAAUCGUCGACUUUUUUCGAAGUGCAUGCUUACAUGGGGAAUGUAUGACGGCAAAAAUCAAAACCACUCGCAAAGAUAACCUUUUAGUGAUCCUCAUCAGUUCGCUGCUAUCGUCCCACCACUUCACGCUCUGUCGGGUAAUUCAUUAAUUUUUAUUUCAUGUUCCCCUGAUCCCAGCGGCUGUAAAUUGGAAAAAUGGACGUAUAGAAAAAAAAAAAAAAGGGUGAAGGACGAGCUUCUGAUUUCGACUUCAUCCAACUUUAUUUUUUCACGGUGACAUAUACGAGAAACGCGGAAAUAUGACACUUUUCGCGUGAAACAAGCCGUUCUAUUUAUACUCGGUAAAGAGUUUACUCAAGAAAUCAGUGGAGAUAGGGGGUCCUAGUGAUAAGGCUCCUGUCCUUUAUCAUUUAUUUCAAUACCAAAACGCCUCCUUUGUCGGUGGCUUAAGGUGUGGCAAUAGAUUUAGUAGGCAAUAGAUUUACCAGAUAAUGUAAGCUACAAAAUGAACGAUUGUAACACAGUAAGAUAAGAUUGUACAUCUCCACUAACAUUUUGUCUGUCGUUCUCCCAUUUGUUCUUAUUACGUAGGAAUUGUCUCAUCUCCCUUCCAUCAGAAGCUAAGAGUGCUAGACGAGUUCUUGAUGAAGGACAUAACUCCAGUUCCCUUGUGGUGCAACUUGUGAAGGUAUACUGGAUUAACUAACAAAUUAAGCCCCAAGGUCCAAAUACAAAUUCUCCACACUAGUGUCCAUACAUUGCGUUAUAGAAUUAGUUGAGAGAACUUGAUAAAAGAUCAAAGCAUUUCGUUUGUGUUCAUCAUUUUAUUAAUUCUCCUAACCUUUUCUAUUGAUGAUGUUUUGAUAUAGUUAGGAGAAAAUUGAUGUUGAUCACCCUUGGGACUUAAAGGGUUAACCAAUGCCGACGCUCAAUUGUAUUUCGGAGAAGAACUUUUCAUUGGAGAGUUUUCUAUCUGGUAUAGCAUUUUAAGAUUGAGAGGAUGAGAGAACAGAACUCUUUGAUAUUUUGCCGCAAUAAGUGCGAUAAAUUGAUUUCUCACCCAAAACUGUUGACUGAUGAUGCUUGCCACGGUUUUGGCGUUAAAACACACAUAACCCUUUAAUGGCAUGAUUAACUAAACGUCGGCCGCGUGACCAGCGUUCAGGGAAGGGGGUAGGGAGGGUUAUGUAAUCACGUUAAAUCCGGAAUGCCCCAACAAUCGCGCUUGCAUUAAUCCUCCCCCGCUCCUCCCCUUUGUACACUGGCCGCGCAGACUAAGCUAUAAAUGAUCGACCUUAAAUGCAAUGCGUCGUUGCGGCGACACUUUGCAGAUAUGUAAAACACGGACAAACGAAUAUCCUUAGAACGGCGUGUUACAGUAGUUACUUUUUCAUCUUUUCAGUAACAUGUUUGUGUUUAUGCUGAGUCGUAUUUUUUUUCCCUAGACCAUUUUGACUUGUUUAAGUGAGAUGGUAAUGCUUGGAUUAACACAAGAAAAGUUUUACAACCACGCAGCGGUGUUCACAACGUCUCUUGCUAAACUAGGUGAGCUGUUUCGCGUUAAGUUUUUUUCAAGCUUUCUUAUGAAAAAGCGUAUUAAAUUACAAAUAUCCAACAGCAUUGAUAGAAGGGCGAGGGCCUUUUAAAAAGCAGCAGUGUCCCAUUUCGACUAUGUCCACAUCAUGGUUCAUACAAUCUUGACAGGGUCUUGAAUUGUACUAGUCGUCUUGAAAAGUAUUUGAAUUCGGAUCUUACUUCUGUUUCUUUAUUCUAAAUUCUGUUUCUGUACGUCUGAUGCAAUUGCAAGUCAUGCCCAGUAAUUUUCCAAAGCGUUGUUGCGAAAAGUAGUAAAAAAUAAUCUGAUCAACCAUGGCUGAAGAAUUAAAAAUCGUAAAUGACUCCAUGACGUGUUUUAGCCAAUAAGGUGUUCAAAAAGGAGUUAAAGAGUGCCGUUUUAUUGCGUAAAUCGUAGUACUUGAAAACUGUAAUUUGUCCUGGAAAAAUCUUGAAAAUUUGUGAAAUUUGUUUGUCUGAAGUUGUACGAACCAUGCCCACCAUGCCGUGUAGCCAGCAAGAGACCUGGGUACAAGAAUACCUGUGCAGUAAACGGAUUUAUCCGAUGCGCCCUAUACUACUCGCAGAGCAGGACUCGUGUUUUAUCGCUACGGCUAAAAUGCGUGGUUAUUUCUACAUCAGUGAUAGCAGCUUAGUUACCUUAAAUGCUUAAAAUAGUUAUCUUGGCCCGUCUUGGAAAGCACUUCCCAAUUUAGUGUAAUAUUUGAUAUGUAAUUAAGAUACCUUGUUAUUUUCUUUGCUGUUGGUCUUUAAAUUCUCCAAAAUCCGAAAUCGUUUGUCGUGGAAUUUCAAUUUCUAGACCAUGAUAUGAACGAAGAGAUUUUUUUGUCUUUCACUCCUUAUCUUUUAAAGUAAUUUUUCUUAAUCUGUGAAAAAGAUAGACCUAGUAUACAACUACGCUUUAUCAGUAUUUAAUUUCAUGGUUUUCUUUUGUUUACCUGUAAUUAUUUGGCACUUAUUAUUGGAUAUUGUUUCACAGGCUAAAUAAAAUCAUUCUAAGUCAGAGACUAAACUCUGGUGUCAAUUAAUAAUUAAGUGAUUUCUUACUCAACAGGUUGUAAAGCAGUACAGUUCCUACCACAGCUUUCUAAAGUCUUGUAUCAGAUUGCACUGAGUGCAGUCCUGAGUAACGGUGAGUUAGAUACCUCUAACAUAUAGCUAUUUCAUUCACCUCAAUUCUCUCUGUGGUAAUUUCUGCAUGUGAAUCCACCUUUUUUGUUGUCUAUAAAAAAUUAAAGGCAAAACGUUUUUGUUUGUUUGUUCGUUUGUUUGUUUUUUAAUUCCCUCGUGAAAUCCCCGGGCAGAAACGUGUCCAUUCUAAUGGGGGACAUUUACUCCAUUUGGUACUAUUUUACCUUAGGUCUACCAAUUAGAACAUGACGGUCUAUUACAAAUUUAACAAAUGUCUCAAGUUAUAUUCGAAUAUCUCCCACCUUACUACAAGAUAUUUAUUUUUUAAUGAUUGACUUUGCUCCAGAUGUAAUCCUGUGCAUACUUAACUAUCAACACCCUUAACCGAGGGUAUGUCACUUACACCUCAGGCAAUGUUCAUACUAUACUGAAUAACUUUUCGUGCCGCCACGAAGAGCUAUUCGGUAUAGUAUCAACACCUAUCCGAUAGGUGACUCUCCACUUUAGGGAUCGGCGAGGCGCUGCUUCGCUCCGUCGUAGAAAUCGCGCUGAAAUCACCCCACCCCUCCCCUCCCCUCCCCUCCCCUGCUUUUAUUUGUGGACCUAACUGAGACCCGAAGGGCCGAAAAAAAAAUUGAGACCGGGCCCCCCUCCUUAUCUCAGGGUCUGGAUGACCUUCCCCCCGCCCCCCCCUUAUCGGAAGGUAUGGAUCCACCAAUGUAGUGUGAACAUGGUCGGACUUAAUCAACAACAAACAACGACAAAACUUUAUUAAUAAGCAGAUUAUAUAACAGAAGUACUGCCCACAGCUAGCAAGGCGAUUUGAGGCGGAACAGCGCGUGCAAAACAAAGAAAUAGAGAUUAACGCUAACGAAAGAAAAUUUUACGAUUAUUGCAAAUAGAAAUCGUAAUACGGUUGAGCACCAGAUAACACGAUAGAGAUGAAAGAAUUAAACAAAUUAACAAACUUUCAAAGUAGAAACGAUUAUGCAAAGAUAAUCGGUUUCUCUCUCGCCUUUUGUAGAAUCUGGGAAUGUUAAUCUUCGAAGCGGUCCAGUGUCCGCUAUCCUGCGAAACUUGCUGGAAAUUCUCCUUGCAUGUGAUACAGAUGAGGUUGAUGUUCUGACCCAGGUCAGUAUGGGCUGCUAGACCACUUAGAUCUUACAAUUAAUUUGUGUAGAAACGCAUCAGCAGAGUACAUUCACAAGCGAGGGAUACAUGUCUUUCACUAUUGCAAUGUAGUAGGUUUAUCGGAUCAAAUUAGGUUUCUGGGAAAAUGCCCACCUACCCCUCCCCUGCACUUUGGCUCGUGUCAACUUGGUCAGAAUAAAAAAAAUCAAAAUCAGAGCAUGUGCGAGCCCUUUUGUCAGCUCUUAGCUCGAGAAAAGAGGAGGAACUGCUUUUCUCAUAUGAACGCUCUAUAAAGUGGACCCGGCUAGGAGGGUGGCUCUCUUUUCCGGGGCAACUUUUUUAUAAACGGAGCCGUACACGCAACUAUUUAACAAACGUUUUGAUUAGAGUAGGUGAAAGCAAAUCUUGGUGUACACACUGACUUGAGUUCACUAAAACAUUCUUUAUUUGUUGCAAGUCAUGAAGUAAAUUUGUACUUGUUCCCAAUAAUUGUUUUCUUGUUUUCUUUUUGUUGGUUUGUUUGUUUGUUUGUUUGUUAUUUUUAUUUUUAAUUCUCAUUCAACCACCGUGAAACUUUUAUACGUUUCUAGGAAUCUGCACAACUACCCCUCCCCUAAGCCAACAUUAACACUUACUUCUCACUUAGGGCAAAAUGUUGGCUUAGGGGAGGGGUAGGUGGUCAGUUUCCCAGAAACAUAUAAUGAUCCAAACUUAUUUGGAAGGUAUUGCACCCAGUCUCUUUUUUUAUUAUUUUUUUUUGUUGUUUUUUGUUUUUGUUUUUUUUUUUUUGGAACUUAGGAAAUGCCUGUUGCUAAUUUUUUAGUCACGAAUUGUACCUAUCAAUUAAUUUUAGUGUACUUCCCCCAGCAAAAUAGGUCGUAAUUCAUUACCCUUCCUUGCCCGAAUUAGCACCAGAGUCUCUAUUUGUAGGCCCUGUUUGCUGUUCGUCCUGCGCUGGCGGAAGUCCUUCUACUUACAGAGGUUAGAAGAAGACGUGUUGGAACAAAUGCAGGUCUUAUGGGGCCCCUCCUGUUUGCGGUGAUAAAUAACAUCAAACAGCAGGUACAUAACUUUGUUCGAGGAAGGCUGUUAAGUUCCUAAAGGGGUGUUUACAUGAGAAAACUCUCAUCGGCGCGAGUUUCAUACUGAGAUAACUUUUUGAUUUCGUAUCGUGUUUACAUGAUGACUGGGUCAUUUCAUAUCUCGUUAUUUGAAGGUACACUUCAUGUUGAUAAAAUACACGUGUGAUUCAAAAUCGCAACCAUUACGCAUGCGAUACCCGUUCCAGUCUACAGGCAGACCGAUUUCACACCGAAAUGGGUGGUUUCGCGUUUACAUGAUACCGUACUGGAGUGAAAUUCUCUCCCCGGUACUACAACCGGGUGAACUCACGCCGGGGUGACCCUCGCCGGCAUGACAUUUUGUCGUGGUAUUAUGUAAACAAAUAUAAGAGCCAUGAGUAGGCUCAGCUGCACCGACCGAGCGAGCGGCGAAGUUUCGAGGUCAACUUGUUUCGCCUGAAUGGAUUUGAAUCAUUAUAAAUUCACGCGGGAAAAAGAAUGACUGACAUAUGCUAUGGCGGGAGCGACGUGAAAUAUCAUUCACUGUCCUAUUGGUCAUUUAUCAUGACGUCACCGGUAGAAUUCUUGACUGGUGAAUUUCGCGCCAAACAGUUAUGGAAGUCCUUUAAAAUGGGAUAACCAAGCCUUCCCCUUUAGCUACUUCUUGAACUCUUUCGUAAGCCAUAGAGCUUCUUGGCAAACUUAAACGAUCUAACUCUUGUUUUCUUGUUUGUUUGUUUGUUUGUUUGUUUGUUUUAGGGAUUGAUAGCUUUAGACGACGCUAAAGAGUCUGAGUUACCAAUGGUGGCUGCCUUUGUAAUGAAAUUGGUCUCAAGCUCACAAGCUCUGUUGAAGUUAGUUAUUGACUGAAAACAACGCUAAAUAUAGAAGUCGGAAUGAAAUUCAUGUAAUGAUGUUCCCAGGAAAUAGUUAAAGUGGCUCCGUUAUUAUUACAGGACCAGUGAAAAAAAAAACAGCAAGUUUCCCCAAAGUUUCGUAGCCAUCGCUUUACAACCAAGAAGGGUAUACGACAAAGUUAGUUUUAGAUCACCACCCCGGCAAUAACGACGAAAGCAUAUUGAGGGAUGGCUUUAUGGCAGACUUAGCCCAAUUUGGGCCCAAUAAUAAUGAGAUAAAAUGAAUAAAAUAAAAAUACGGGGGUGGGGAGAAGGAAGUAGGGAAUGAGAAAUUCCAAAUACCACGUGUUUAAAAUGGCGAGGCGAGGCGAAUAUUUUCUCCUGAAAAGGAAUAUAAAAAACACAGUCUGCUGCCUGGCGCGUUGUGACAUUUAUGAUUAUAAUGAAGGCUCCAGGCUGCUCAGAGGUUCCCCCUGACAAAUUUAGCAAAGUAUCUUUAAUUAGUUAAUGGCCGUUUUUAUGCUAGAGACGUUAAAGUCGUCUGAGACGUUAAAGUCGUCUUAAGACGACUUUAAUGUCUAGUAUAAAAACGGUAAAUAAGGCAGACGACUUUAACGUCUGACGACUUUAACGUCUUCUGUUUAGUGCGUCCGAACGACGCACUUAACAGACGACUUUAACGUCUCAGACGUUAAAGUCGUCUGGUAUAAAGACGGGACGUCGUAAACUAGGAAGUUUGCUAGCUUGAAGUUCAUUUUUGGCGCUGCUUUAACUCGUGUCCAGUGUCUUCUGAGAGUGGAGCCUAGUCCUUUUUUCAGAAAAAUCUACUUUUUUAAAUAAGGUCGUCUACUUUUGUGCGUCCCGUUUUUACACUAGACGACUUUAACGUCUCAGACGUUAAAUGCGUCUAGACGACUUUAACGUUUCUAGCAUAAAAACGGCCAAUGUAAGUUGUUUCUAUCUUGUUUUAUUUACAGUUCUUUCAUGUUGGAGUUGAAGCAGCAGGUGUUAUCUGGUACAACUAGCGAAUCCACUGACACGCAAACCUCGGUUUUGUUUCUACUAUCAGCUCUACAAGGUUUGUUUACACUUCUAGUAAACUUUCUUUCUAAUUUCGUCAAUUUUGCGUUAAACGUAAGACGCAAGUCUUGUCGUUAUAACCAACAAAGCAAAAGGUUUCAUGAACAAAAGAGCACCUCUGUACGUGCAUCACGCUUUUUGGUACAGUUGUUUUUCUUUAAGUCACUGCACGAGAACGUGAAAGCCUGCAAUGUGAGUUUUCCUGAUUUCAGCUUUAAUCGUGGUCGUAAACCGACGAUUUCCUCUUAAAUUCGUUUCUCUCCGUUUAUUUUUUUUCCUGACGUUGGAUUUACCCCCGAAAAAGUCAUUUGCAUUUGACCGAUUGAAAAAUGGAAUAACAACGAUGAGGUUUGAAAUAGCGAAAGCCCAUUUUAUCAGUGACAAUUUCGCCGCUGUUGCAGCCGUGGUUACGUGUUUUUUGUUUUGUUUUGUUUUGUUUUGUUUUUUUGUAAAGUAGUUUUGUGGUUGUCAUUAUCAUGAGAAUUUUUGCUGAUAGAUUGUUUGUUCCCGAGCUUUAGCUCUUGCUUAAGGUCUCGGUAUGUUUAGGUUUGAAGAUCAAGGUUUAUUUCCUUUCUAAUGGGUGUGUCCACAUAAGUGUCAUUUAUCUUUAAGGUUUAAUUACGUUUGAUUGUCAGUCUUUGAGGUGGGUUCGUUUUAGGACGAUAGCUGACCUUGAUUGUUACCUAUACAUCGGAGUUCCUGUUUGGGUUUAAAGUAGAGCCUCGUGGGUUUAGUUUUCAAGCUUUUAUUGGCUUCCUAGUUCUUGAAUUGUUCAAUCUUACUAUGAGUUUUUGUGAUCAACAGAAAGUGCUCAUAAGUAACUAGGAAGGGCGUUCGUAACUCUCAUGGUCAGCAAGCCUGAACGUACCUUCGUUUUACUUAUAUAAGUUGCCAGUACUUGGUACACUCAGAUUACUGUUAGUUGUGGAGCUGUACUAGUUGGUGUAGCUGACGGACACUAAAAGAAGAAAAACACCCAAGUUUUGUUAAGAGUCCUGGUAUCUUCUUGCUAGCGAGCUUACCCCGUCACACAACUCCCUUACAUUUUUUCCACACCUGAAACUUUCAUUCCCGAGGAAUCAUCAAACCGCUCGAGACUGUCACCACAUCCAUCCGAUGAUCCAUCUUGGUGGAAGAUAUUGUCUUUCCACAACUUCUGGGACGUUAGCUUUAUGUACCAGUGGCGUGUUUGGUGUUUCUACGAUGGCGGUGUACAAUUUUCCAUGUGAUGUCAGCUUUGUUGGUAUGAAGGCUAGCGUCGCCACUUGUCCUGAGCGUCUUGUGGUGUCACUGCCUUUGUUGUCAACUUCCACGAUUACUUAUGUUCAGUGGGACACUAGUUCAGUAGACUUAAUUCCAUUACAGUUUCAUCACGAAUCUCUAACUAUCCAUCCUCCUGUUGAAAUUAACCGCCCCUCGAUUAUUAAC